UCGCCCGAGUGGAGGAGCGACGUAGCGCCGUGGCGAGACUGGCUGAACGGUACGAAAUCUGUCUGCGUUUCGGGGUCAUCGUCUACUGGAGAAGAUCGGCACAACUCUGCAACGCGAUCACCGUAAUACACCGAGAGAGAGGCAAAGAGAAUCAGCCCUUUAUUAUCAUUAGAAGACCGUGCAUUACUGAGUAGCCCGAGAGAUGCCGUUAAGAACCGGACUUUUGCUGCAGGUCGUGCUGAUCGCAUCAGCAUACGAGCUGGAUCUGAAUGAAUCCUAUUCGCCGAGAAGAGCACGCUUCUCCGUCAACAGCCCUUCGGAUGUGGCACGCUGUUUGAAUAGUGCCCUCCAAGUGGGCUGCGGUGCCUUUGCUUGUCUGGAGAACUCUACAUGUGACACAGAUGGAAUGCAUGACAUCUGCAAGUCCUUUCUCUACAGUGCUGCUAAAUUCGACACUCAGGGCAAGGCCUUUGUGAAGGAGAGUCUGAAGUGCAUUGCCAAUGGUAUCACCUCCAAGGUCUUUCUUACAGUCCGCCGCUGCUCUACAUUCCAGAGGAUGAUCUCUGAAGUACAGGAAGAGUGCUACAGCAAGCUGAACAUCUGCACAGUGGCCAAGUCGAACCCAGAGGCCAUCGCUGAGGUGGCACAGCUGCCCAGCCACUUCCCCAACAGGUUCUACGGGAAGCUGCUGCAGAGUUUGAUGGAGUGCGACGAGGAGACGGUAGACCGGGUGAGGGAGAGUCUGCUCGCCCGGUUAGGCCCCGAGAUUGCCUUGCUCUUCCAGCUGCUGCAGAACAAGCCGUGCCCUUCGGCAGCUGUGCCAACUGGGACAGAUGUACGCGGUGGGUGGCGGUGGUCCGUCAGCCCCCAUGCUCAGAAGAGCCAGCCCAAUCUACGCAACAGGGACUCGGCUAAUCUCUUCAGCAAGAAACGUAACAUCGCCGACAGCUCUUAACCCCAUUUGACCGCCGCGUACAUGUACCCUAUCCCAAAACAACAAAAAAAAAAACACAAACCAAACGUAGUAGUGGUUCGUUCGCCAUCAAAAUGCACAGGAAUACGUUAAUUUCAUAGAACUGGGAAAAGUCAUGCAUCCAUAUGAGAUCAGAUGGAUUGCUAUAUGUUUAUGUUUACCAGUUCCACUUCAGAUUAGAUUUUUAUUCUCAGUCAUAAAUGGCUGAAAUUCAAGGGAAAAUUCUGGCUAGUUGACCAUGCAAAUUUUCUCAUUUUUAGAGAAUAAUCCAUGCACAAGUAAAGUCUCUUUUUCAAACUCAACCAUGAGAAACAUCCCAUCAUCCCGGUCAUUGUGUAAAGUUCUUAGAUAGAUUAAAAAAUAUAUUAUUUUCAUGAAAGUAUCUAAAGGAAAAAAGAAAAUAAUACCAUAAAUAAAUAUAGAUAACCAUUUAUAACCAAUAUAUCAUAAUGAGAUUACAACAAAGACAAGCGUGUGUAUAUAUAUUGGAGCUAUUGUUAAUGUGAAAUAGUUGGCAUGUGCUAUAAAUAUGAGAGUGUACUAUUUAUUUAUUAACAGAUAUUUGACUAUUUUUAGCUGUUAACCUUAAAUUACCACUAGCCUUUUGUGAGAGCUCACCCACUGGGCGAGAGAUAUCUUUAAAAAUCUUUGUGCAGGAAUUCAUUAAAAAGACCAAAAAACUGAAAUUCACUCCAGAUGCCAUAUCUCAUAGACCCUGAGUGCAGUAACAUUAGGAGUCAGUGAGCCACGCAUAGUUAAAAAACAUUAUUUACAUAAUUGAUUAGAGAUGCAAAUUAAGGGACCAUGUACUAAUUCAAAAUCAUCUCAUAUUUUUCUAUGGGAAAAAAACCUUUGAUUUAAUUCCUGGAAAUAAGCAGUUUAAAGGAAUUUUAUGGAAACAUUGCUUAACUCCUCUUUAAUAUUCUCUUCCUCUGCAGCUCUUGCUAUACUAGUACAGUAGAGAAACCCAGUUCAGGAAGUUUAUCACAAUUGAGUGCAAUUUUCACAUCACAUUUUGGAAAACUUAUUGGACAGAUGAACAACUUGCUCCCUGGUAAAUAUGACACACAGAGGUGGGUUCAAACACACUGUUUACACAGUGCUGCAAAGCAAAAUAAGAUGUCUAUUUAAGAAAAAGAGCCUUUUGAUUUAUUCAUAUUUAUUUUCCUACUAUGUUAUUUAAGUGUUUAUUUUAUUGUGUUUCUGUGGAUGUUCUAAUAAGUCAGCUAAAACUAGUUUUGUUCAUUCCUUUUAUCUUCUUUUUGUAAGUAUGGUGACAUUGCCGAGUGCCCGUUUUUUUGUUUUGGUUUUGUUUUUUGUGGGGGGGGGGGGAGGCAGCCAAGAUUUCUUGGACCUCCCGCUUGCUGAUCUUCUCUGAGUUAACUGUACAAGACCCAUGUAAUGACUCUGUGCUGGCCAUAGGGAACACGUUGGUCAUUUGAGUCGGGUUACCUUUUCUGCAAGUGUUGUAUGGGACCACUAAAAAAAACAAAAAACAAACAAACAACAACAACAAAAAAAACAACCAAAAAAAGCCACAAGAAAAAAGUGUUGCAAACAUUGCCACUUUCUGUGUAUUUUUGCAGGGUCAACAAUAGACUGUUGUUCAGCGUAUCUCAUCAGCUUUAAAACGUUUGGCCUAUGUUAGGGGAAAUUGACAUCCAGUAUUUCCAACCACUGCUGGCUUUACUUCAUAAGUAACGCGUGAGCGAGGCAGUUUAGCCAUUCUAUAGUACACCUACAGUUAGUGUAAACAGUUAAAAACUGGAACAGUCAGUGCUAAGUGUUUUCUGGAGCCAUUCUUGACACUAUGCAAUAUACAAUGUUUAUGAAAGGCCUAUUCCUUCCAGAGUGUUUACCCAUUGUGAAAGAGUGGAGAUCUAUUUUUAAGUGCUUCAUGAGUAAGUGAAGAUAAACUAAGACUGGAAGGCAGUGUGAUGGAAAUCUUACGCACACCCGAAGAUGAGUCCAGGGCCAAGGGCCAAAUCCAGGAAAACUGCCAACGAACCACUAUGGCCAUACUCAUUCAAUUCAACUGCAUGGCUCAAAGAGACCAUACCACCACUGACUAAACAGUCAGUGCAGGUCUGUUCUCCGAAACAGCAAAUGUCCAGUUAAAAAAAUCAAAACAAACUGCUAGUAUUUGCUGCCAUGGUGGUUAUAAAGUUACUCAGAUGAACAGAGAUGAGUGACCUAGUGGCAGGAUGCAGGGUUGAUUUGGUCUUAAUCCUAAAGGCUAAAGGCUAAAAUUCAUAUUUGUUUAGUCAAAUUAACUGUUUUCAGUAAAAACAGUCAUGUUGGUCUAAGAAGAAAUAACUAAAAUUAAAAGUAUUUUUAUUGGACAAAGAUCACCAUAUUUAGCCCUAACUAUAUGUAUGUGUGUGCAUUUAUGUGCAUACAUUUUCUCCAGAGUUAACAGAACCUCUGCGGUGUAUUGUAUUUGCUGGUCUCUUCAAGGUUAAAUUAAAUGUCAAAAACAGCCAGGUUUUAUGAUGAGUUUAGUAGCUUCAUAGCUCUUUUUGAUCGCUGUGCACUAAUGCACUAGGUGGUUCAUGUAGAUUACCUGGCUCUCACGCCAUUUUAAAUUCACGUUUCGUGGUGGGAGCCUGCACAACAACUACAAUAAUGGCAGCCACUGUUAAGGACUUCCUAAGUCUGUUUUUAUGUCAUUUCAAUUUUUAAAUAUCAAGUAGACUAAUGGUUUGUGAGACCAGUACACAGUCUGAAGUGUACACACCCUUACUUCAACUUUAGCUUUACGUUUCAUCAUAUUUUGGUCAUUUCAGUAGAUCAUCAUCAUCAUCAUUGUUUUCUUGUGCGGCUUUUUCGGCACCUUUUCAUCUUCGUUUUAAAUCAUAAAGAUCAGAAAUUCGCUGGAGACUUCCAUUAUUCCUUUUGUCACACUGGCAGAAUGACUGUUUUUCUUAAACCAAAUGAUGUGCAAAUCUAAAACAAACUCACCAAACUAUGCAAUAAUCCCUAUAAAGGUUUUAUGCUAAAACCCGUAUUAUCGUGCCCUAAUUGAACAGUAAGGGCAAGCUGAGACUUUUAGAGCAAAACAGACCCUCAGCCCCAGACCAUUAAAAGCAGUGCAGUCCCCAGUCUCCAGUAUUGUUUCACUUUAAACAAAAAGUCUGUCUUAGAAGUUAAAUUACAUACAUACUUUAGAGGCUAAGAGGUGAGAUCCAAAUCUCAGUGUACGUGUACGUACUAAGAGAGAAUAAGAUUUCUGUCUUGAUAUGCACUUUCCAUCUCUUAGGACCACUAUAAAAGGGCAUUGAAACAAUUAGAACUUUACCUUACCCAGGUGCAGCUUAAGGUUUCAACAGGACAUUGAGCUAAUGGAAUAGAGAGACCGCUAUAGCUGUUGUAUACUUGAAUAGGCAGGGAUGCUAUGUGUAAGUUAAGUGUUUUUGAGAGCAAGGAUACUUUGCAUUAUUGUUUAGGGAUUAAGGUUGAUCUCUGUCUAUUAAACACCAAGGAACUUGCUGUACCAACCUGUUGCUGCUAAACCUAUUUCUAACCCCUUUGUGUUGUGUUUCAUCAAUCCUUUCUGAAAGAUGGUUCCUUCCUAUUCCCCACAUUGUGCUCCAUUUAAGAGUAUUCUGUUGGUAGGAGAAAGUCCUCUAGAGUUAAGAAUCAUGUCAUUAUAACAUAUAACCUUUCUAAUAUCGAUGGCGCCACCUUCUAACCACAUUCGUGGAGGUCAGCUCUGCACCAGCGGUGGCACAACUAUGUCCAGGAAAACUGCAGUGAUUGCAGGUUUUUGCAUCAGCCCUGCACAAGAAUCAAACACGACAUAGCUGAUAUCUUGUGAGCAGAGAUAUGGAAAACUUCACAGCUAUUUGGAGCCCGCUGUGGCCCUCCCUGUUCCAGUCUUUGUCGUGUUUCGUUUCUCCAGAGGACACUCGCACAACCCUUAAUGACAUCAAAGGGGUGUCUGGCAUUUCUAUACACAACCUUUUGUUAGCUUGCAUUGCAUUUGUGGAUGCAUCUGUGUUCAUGUCUGUUGAAAGCCUAGUGUAGCCUACUAGCUACUUAUUGAGCUGAAUGUUAUCCUGCUAAAGAAUUCAAUUAUAAUGGAUUUUGUAAACUUUGGAGAAUGUAUAUUUUAUCAAAAGUCUUUAUUGGUGUCAAGGGGUGCCUAGGGCCCCGAUAGGUCACUGUAGUCCUCUGGUCAUUGGAACUUGAAUAGAGUUGUGUCCUUAUUGUAAUUUACGAUGAAAAAACAAACGACUGACCCUUGUUCUCAAAUUUAGCAGUAAUAUUGCUCCUGUCUCAGACCUGACUUCUAGAAAAGGAUGCUCUCAAAUUCCUGGAAGAUCCAGAUUGUAAAUCUAAUAGGUCCUUUGUCACCACUUGGCAUCGGUGAUAAAGAACUACAGUGUGACAAAGGUAGAUCCAUAGCAUUUCAAGUAAAAUGUAUGUAGCUUAAUUCAAAUGUGGGUCCAUAUCCAAAGCUUUUAUCCGAUAAAUUGACCAUACCUAGAUAGCAGGUGCACUACCGUAGGGUUGGUAUUCCAACAUUCCGAUAUAGUUUAGCAAAAAACAUUUACUCAAUCCAGGUCACCGAGGACAGCAAGACUAGACUUAGCCAUUAAAAUGAACGGUACUUUCUUAAAACUUGAAAAUCACUUGUAUCUCUUAUAUUCUUGUUGCAUUUCAUGAUUUUUUAUUUCAUUUGGAUAAGCCUAUUAUACUGUUUUUCCCUUCCCUUUAGUUUAUGAUGUUUGUUUUCCCCUGUAGCCAACAACAUAAAACCAAAAUAGGCAGGUGAAUUCAAAGGAUUCUUUGUUCUGACGUCCCUAAUGUUACGCAUGAGUGAACCUUGUGAUUGAUUUGCACUUUAUUAUAUGCCCAAGUACACAUACACUCCCAUGUAUAUGUGUAGGGUUUCUCUGUGCUUACAGGUAAAGAAAGAUACAAAUGCAUCAACUAUGUGUCUUUUAAUGUAUAGAAAUAAACUAUGAUCAUAUCAGG